AUAAAAUCUCCCAGACUCAUGAUAUUUGAAAUGGGAAUACUGUCAGCUAGGAAGGGUAAGAAAUGUACGUAACUGUCUGUUUUUUUAUUGAAGUUCACAAGUUCCGUUUGGAAGUUCACAAUAAUAAAGAACCUUGUUACAAAUUUUUAAAAUAAAUAAUUAUUUAUUUUGAAUAAAUUCAUUUCAAUGAUUUGACUACUGAUAUUUAAUAAUUUAAUUAUAACAAUUUGUGAUGAGCCGAAUCAGCUUAUGUUAGGUAUUAUUGACUUAUUUUGAAAACAGGGCAAUAAAUUCUAAUAACCUAAAACAUUUUUAAUGUUCAAAUUGUAUUGUCUUUUUUUUUAAUAUAUGAUCUCACUUUUUUACAUAUUCCAGUGGGUAUCUUACUGGCAGUGUUUUGGAUUGGAACCCUGUGCUAUAUCUGGCUCCCAGACCACAUUCCAGAUUUUCUCAGCUCAAAAACAAAAUCAGAAAGUAAAAAAUCAAUUUAUAAUUUGAAAUAAUAUUUCACUUUUAUUCUUUAUAUGCAUCUGAUAGUAAACCAUUUCCCAAGAAAUUGUAUUUUUAAAGAUGCUUGCAAAAUUUAUGAUCUAAACUGAGAUUACUACUAGCACUGUUAGACACCCUGAAGUACGGUGAUGCUAACAUCACUCUAAUGCUAACAUCACUUGCCUUUCACAAUUUUUAGUUGUUAAUAAAUAUAUUUUUUUACAAGUUUAAAAAAUUAACAUUGAUCCCUUCUUGUAACAUUUUUUCUGUAUUUACUGCUGUAUGAUUGUAUGUAUUAUAAGAUGUUUUAAAAUGUUAGAGCGGAUAAGCAAGUAUUACAUCAAUAUCAUUCUCAUUUAAUUUACUUUUCAGAAAGUGCUAAGUUACCAAAACUUAACUUGAUGCUACAUGCUGGAGUAAGUUCCAACACUUCUCAGCUGAGCAAUGUAGACUCUAAUGAAACUGUUCAUGUUUGCAUCUCAUCUGAUCAAAGAACUUUAGGUACACAAAUAACCAAAUAAUUAGUUGUACUGAACUUAGUUAUUACAUUUUCCAAUUUAUUUAGUUUUAAAGUAGUCUAAUUGACAAACAAAAUGUAAUUUUAUUUCUUUAAUUGGUAACUUACAAAUAUUUUUAGAUUAAAAACCAUUUAAAACUUAUAUAAACUUAACUGCCAAGUCAUUUACAUUAUUGAGAGAAUUCAGUUAAGAUAUGUCUUUCUUAAGUUGAAUUUAUAUUAGCUGAGCAGAGGUUUAUUUUUUUUAAAUAUUGAAUUAAUGAUAGUAUUUACAAAACUAAAUUUAGCAUACGCCAUAUGCAAAUAAUCACAGUGAAACUUAAGAACAAACAAUAUUGAAAUAUUUAUAAAUAUGCUGUUCUUUUUUCUUGUAGUUGCCAUUGUAAAUGAAUUUGAACUUGAAAAUGUUACAUUAUAUAGAAGGCUUAGUUCUAGGAUUGAAUUGUUAAACCUUUUAUAACAAUCAUAUAUUCUUUUGUCUUUCAGGUGGAAUGGUUACAUUAAUCAAUAGUAUUGUUUCCAAUACAAAGUCUAGAGUCAAAUUCCAUCUAGUUGUUGAUGAAGAAAGUGCUGAUCGUGUUAGGUUCGAAAAUUUAUUUGAAAAUAUCAAGUUUGUUUUUGUUUUUUUCAACUGUAAAAACAUUUGUAUUUUGUAAUAUUACCAUACGAUUUGUGUUAAUGUAUUCAGUAUCAAAGACAUAUUUUCAUAAUUGAAGAUAAAUUGUUUUAACCUCCAUGCUAGUUUUUAAUUUUGUAUUUUCUAAUGGCAAAAAAAUGUAAACACCAUUGUAAUUGUAAUUUUGUUAUGUAAAAAUCAUUAAAUAAUGCAUGUAAAAAUAUUAUGAUCUGUUAGUUAUUAUGAGUCUGUGGUACAUAGAGCACACAUGUUUGGAUGAGCUCUAUAUAAUAUUUCAAUCCUUUGCCUUCUUUUGAUGGCAUUGAUACUGUGGCUAUCCAUUGUUAAAAUAUGUAUGUUGCUUGUUCCCAGCAUUUGGCUCAGGAAGUCCAAGCUUGCUGACAUAGAUUUCCAGGUUAAAGUAUUUCCAUUGAACUGGGUUGAUGGCAAAAUCAAAAUCAGAGGUGGGAGAAAGGAACUGGGCAGUCCUGUAAGUUUUUUUGGGGCGGGGGUUUUGUUUUGAUUUCAACUAUUCAAGAAUAUACAUCGCAACAACAAAUUUUAAUUUGUAAUAAUACAAUUUUUUUAAAGAUUUGUGUUUAAAUUUGUUGAGCUAAGCAUUGUUUAGAAAAUAAAAAAAUUAAGUUCAAAUAUUCUUCCACUUUUAAACAAGAGUUAAAUUGACUCCAAUGAGACUAUAUAAUGCUCAAGUUUUUUAUUUUGAAUUAUCUUUUGUUUCUUGUUUUGUAUUGUCCUUUUAUUCGUCCUGUCUUUUCAUUUCCAACCUAAACAUAUCUUGUUCAAUUAAUUCCUUCACAUGGCCACUCAUAUAUAUUAUCAACGUUUCUCCUCUCUAUAAGCUUAUUUUUUUUAUUUUUUUAAAAACUGUCAGUGAUGCUAAUUUCUUUUAAUAUUUAAUUUCUUGCAGUUAAACUAUGCUCGUUACUAUUUACCAAGACUUUUUCCACAACUAAAAGAAAGAAUUGUAUUUAUAGAUGAUGACUGCAUUGUACAAGGUAAUUAAAUUAUGGAUGCGUUUAUAUUAUCACAUUGAGCAACUAUAUGACAAAUGGCUAACAUCUUAAAUCUUCGUAAUUUGUUUUAUUCUUCCAUAAAGUGAAAUCAUUGAAUGUAUGCAGUUGCCUAUUCUCAUUACCCCCCCCCCCCCAAAUACUUUACUGCUAGCAAAUACUAGAAAACUGACAAUUGUGAUUAUGAUGUCAUACAUUUUUGUGUUGUUUUUUUUUUUACUUAAAUUUUAUUAUGUUUUAUGUUACUAAAAAUUCUGAACUGGGUCAGACAGAAAAUGAAAUGUAUUUGAAAAAGGGUGUUAAUAAAAAGUAAAUAUUUGAAACUGGUUUUCAACGAGGGUGCUAAAUAAAAAGAAAAUAAUUGAAACUGUCUUUAAACAAGGGUGCUAGAAAAAAAAGAAAAUAAUUGAAACUGUCUUUGAACAAGGGUGCUAGAUAAAUAGAAAACAUUUUAACCUGUUUUGAACAGCUUACUUACUUGUACCUUUUACAUUCAUCUCAGUGCCUUCCUUUCCAGUUGCUUCCAGAUGUACCCCAUACUUUUUGUGUCUGCCUCCAGCUCACAUCUCUUUGUUUUCUUAAGCCUUCCUCUCUUUCUUUUUCCCUGUGGAUUUUAUGUUAAGUGUUGUCUGGUGAUGUUAUUUGGGGUUUAUGAAGAGUGUACCCUAUCCACCUCCAUCUUUUCCUUAUGAUGUCUUCAGCAAUAGGCUUCUGGUAUGUCCUUUAGUAAGUAUUUGUUGGUGAUGGUGUUUGGCCAUUUGAUGUUCAGGAUCUUUCUAAGGCAAGUGUUUAUGAAGGUCUUUACUUACUGCUCGCCACCUUCAUGAUCUUUGUCUUGCUUUUAUAAUUUAUUUAUAUUGAGUCUCAGCUCUGCUGAAAUGGUGGCUUUAUCUUUAGCCUUUUUCUGACUUUGUUGCUGGUUGUGGGUCAGACAGAAUUUCAAUGUCAUUUGAAAGUUUAGGUCAUUCAUUUAUGACAAGGGUGUCCACUGUAUCCUGUUCUUCUUUUUGUAUGUGGAUAUUUUCAUUAUCUGGUCAAUUGCAAGGAUGAAUUGAAAGAGACAUCCUUAUCUAACUCCUUUUUCCACUUUAAAGGCAUCUGUGAGUCUACCUUCAGGUACCACCGGCAUGUUAUUUCUUCAAAAGAACUCUGAAUGAUCCUGACUAGUUUUCCUGGUACCCCAUAAUGCAGCAGAAUUUUCCACAAGGUUUUUCGGUCUAGGCUAUCAAAGCCUUUUUGUAAUCAUUAAAAUUUAGGUGGGGUGUGUGUGUGUGUUUCCAUUCGAUGAACUGUUCUAUAAUGAUUAUAGUGUUUCAAUUUGAUCUGGCAUGAUCUGUUUCAGCUGCAGCCAGCCUGUUGAUCUUGUAGCUGGGUGUCGAACUGGUCCUUCAUUCUAUUCAAAAUAAUUCUCUUAAAGACCUCUCUUAGUACAGACACCAGUGUAAUUCCACUGUAGUUCACACAGUUUUUUUUAAUCAAGGCUGCUAAAUAAAACAAAAUAUUUAAAACUGUCUCUGUCAUUCUAAACUGAAAAUGGAUGUGCCAGGGGAGUUGAUCUUAAAAAAAUACAAUGACAAUAUUGGAAGUUAUUGUGGCAUUAAAAAUGUUGGUUAUUUUACGUCACAAUUUCUUAGAAUUGGCAAAAACAGGUCAAAAUUGUAUACCUAUCAGCUAGCUUAAUGUGUUUCAUAAAGAAAAACCUUAUAUAUUUUUUUAUAGGGGAUAUAAAGGAAUUAUACGAGACACCCAUAAAGGAAGGUCAUUGGGCAGCUUUCUCUGAGGAUUGUGGAGGAAUCAAUAAAAGACUGACAAGACUUAGUGUAAGUUGUUGACAGGACUUAGUGUAAAAUGUUGGUAUUAUAUGAUAAUGAUGUCGUACUUUUUAAAUUAUGUUAUGUUCUUAUCUUUUAAAAAAGAGAAUCUGUGAAAAUAGUUUUAAAAAUAUUGAUGGAACUUGGUCAUAAUACCAGACACUUUUGUGUAGUCAUUGGAGAAACUAAAGUUGAUGAGAGCCAAUGAUUUCAUUCAUAAUUUGCUAUUUAUUUAUUUACAGGUUAUAUAAAACUGGAUGAUAAUCUCAAUAAAGAAAAUAUCCCCUUAAAAAACAAAUAUUUGUUCAUUUAACCCAAAUAUUAAUAUAAAUAACCCAUAUUUUGUUCCCCAGAAUGUCUAUGCAGAGUUUCUUGAUUUUAAAAACGAACAUGUGCAGAAGUUGGCCUUGAAGCCCACGGCAUGUUCUUUUAACACGGGUGUUUUUGUGUCUGACCUGUCAGUCUGGCAAAAAAACAACAUCACCACCCAGCUGGAGUACUGGAUGGAGCUAAACACCAAGUCAGUGGACAAUUAGGAGAUAGUUUUAUCAAGAUUUAUUAGGGAUCUCAUGCUGAACAUUUUUUGUCUUUUUCUUAUUGACUGAUGAACAAGUUUCUAAAGAAAGCUUUUUGGUUUUAUGGACUGUGGGCUUUGUUCCUAAUGAGAAUUUUAACAAAUAACUGACAUUAAGUCAAGAUUCUAAAUGUUGGGGAAUAAGUACUCAAUGACAAGAAUGUAAUAAUUACGAUUAAUAGUCACUGAAAUUUUGAAACUUAUUUAUGCUUUUAUCAGACCUGUUUACUCUUACGAUUUUGGUAUACAAAGUAUGAUUUUUAGGUGUCUACAUGUUUAUUUUUGUACUAUUAAGAUAGUGUAUUGAACGAUUUUGUGAUAAUAUUGUACGAUUUUAAGAGUCUGAGGGUAAACAGGUCUGUUUUAUUAUUUAAUCGUUAGUUCUGGGCAUUUAUCAUGUUUAAAGAAAAGUUGUCUUACUUCAUAAUCUUAAGCCUAUUAAAAAUGGUGAUGGGAAUCUUUUAUACACUCAUCUUUGUUAACACCAAUUUCUCAGCAGUUUAUUUUUUAAUUUUCUUUUAUCUUGAAUAGAGAAGAGGUUUACGGCAAUGAGAGAGGAGGUGGAGGUUCCCAACCCCCUAUGAUGAUUGUAUUUUAUAACAAAUAUUCUCCCAUUGAUCUAAUGUGGCAUGUCCGACAACUGGGUAAGUUUUUUAAUGUGACAGCUCUAAGACAAUGUAGACGUUUAGAUAAAACCUAUCUCUGCCUAAAGGAAAUUAGCCCCAACCUAUCUCUGCCUGAAGGAAAUUAGCCCCAACCUAUCUCUGCCUAAAGGAAAUAGCUGCAACCUAUCUCUGCCUAAAGGAAAUUAGCCCCAACCUAUCUCUGCCUAAAGGGAAUAGCUGCAACCAAUCUCUGCCUAAAGGGAAUAGCUGCAACCAAUCUCUGCCUAAAGGAAAUAGCUGCAACCUAUCUCUGCCUAAAGGAAAUAGUUGCAACCUAUCUCGGCCUAAAGUGAAUAGCUGCAACCUAUCUCGGCCUAAAGUGAAUAGCUGCAACCAAUCUCUGCCUAAAGGAAAUAGCUGCAACUUAUCUCUGCCUAAAGGAAAUAGUUGCAACCUAUCUCGGCCUAAAGUGAAUAGCUGCAACCUAUCUCUGCCUAAAGGGAAUAGCUGAAACCUAUCUCUGCCUAAAGGGAAUAGCUGCAACCUAUCUCUGCCUAAAGGAAAUAGCUGCAACCUAUCUCUGCCUAAAGGGAAUAGCUGCAACCUAUCUCUGCCUAAAGGAAAUAGCUGCAACCUAUCUCUGCCUGAAGGGAAUAGCUGCAACCUAUCUCUGCCUGAAGGGAAUAGCUGCAACCUAUCUCUGCCUAAAGGAAAUAGCUGCAACCUUUCUCUGCCUAAAGGAAAUAGCUGCAACCUAUCUCUGCCUAAAGGAAAUAGCUGCAACCUAUCUCUGCCUAAAGGAAAUAGCUGCAACCUAUCUAUGCCUAAAGGAAAUAACUGCAAGCAGCUCACUCUGGUUAUUGGUUUAAGGGUUAUGAAAUUGAUUAAGUGUUUAUGCCCCAUAGUAAAUCAAUCUGCUGCCUAAUAUUGAUAUAUUGAAUAUUUAUAUUAGUAUUAGCUGUUUGCAAAAUAUCACAUUUAUUAAUUAUCAGUAAUUCAUGCAAUAAAUUCAUUUGUAAUUUUUUAGGGGCCACUGCAGGCUCAUCUUACAGCAAGUCUUUUAUACAGAAAGCCAAAUUGCUGCAUUGGAACGGCCCACUGAAACCAUGGAAUCGUAUUGCCCAGCACAGUUAUGCCUGGGAUAAAUAUUUUGUUCCAGAGCCAAGCGCACAGUUCAAGGUCUUGAGGAGAACAUAAAGGAAUGGCAUCUUAUUUCAAACGUCUGCUUUUAACCUUGAGCUGAAAUCAAAGUCUUAAGCAUGGAGCAUUUAGAAGUUGAAUUAUAUUUAAACUUUAUCAGCAGGUUCCUGAUUUGAAAAUUGUUUUUAAUAAUAGAGAUCUAUCAAAUAUGUCAUACGGCAACAAAAUGGCUCUAAGGAUGUGAUUUUUGUUUUCAGCCAAACAAUAAACUGUUGUUACCAAAUGCAGCCUAUUCAAAAAUUUCAUUUGCCAGAAAAUUAGUGCUAGUUGAAUCGGCAGUAUUAACUCUGACUUCUCUUUGGUGUUGCCAAAAUUCAAGGCCAAUUUUUGACAUGGACAUAAGGCUAUUUUUUUUUUAAACCUCGAAGAUAUUAAACCGGCACAUUAAAGAUUUUGCAGCAAGGUAUUAAAAAUGAUUAGAUUCUUCACUUAAUUCAAUUUUUUUCCUGUGGG